CGCCCCUUUGUCUUCCCACCACCCCAUCUUUUCCCUUCCCAGCAUUCAAAACCCCCAGCUGCUUCCUGCGCCAAGGGCUUUUCCAUCGCCUCCUCCUCACCAAACGUGCUUCCCUUUGGGGUUUUCUCAUUGGUCCCGUUGGCUGAUGUGAAGAUGGCGAGCAGCGCAUCCGAGAAGUGGGCUGUGGUGCAAUACGGACACCACGGUCCUGCAACCAAAGUCUACCAGUUUCAGAUCCUGUUGCCAAAUGGCACAAGCACCAGCCUUAAGCUGCGCGAUCCUGGAGAAGAGAUGCCGCUUCCUGAUUUCUUACAUCGUAUUCGGGAAGAGUCGGGCGAUGCCUCCUCACAUUGUGGUCAAAGGCGGGGAAUUGAAUGGGAUGGCGAUGUUUAUCUAGAGGACCUGCUGGACAGAAAGAUAGACAAGAAAGUGCAGUUCAGUGAUUUUGUCACUAAGGGUACUAACAUAUUAAGACUUCAGGAUGGUGAAGAAUUUGUCAGGACAUAUGAGAAUAUGUGGGACCUUACACCUCCGACUGAACUGCUUCAAGAGCUUCCGGCAGAAUAUAGCACUGAGAGUGCUCUUGCAGACCUUGUUGACAACUCAUUACAGGCUUUGUGGUCAAAUGGUAGCAAAGAAAUAAAGUUAAUCAGGAUAACUGUUGAUGGAGAAAAGAUUGUGGUUUUUGAUACUGGUAGGGGGAUGGACGGUUCAGAAGAUAAUUCUAUCUCUAAAUGGGGUACAAUGGGUUCUUCUAACCACAGAGUAUUUCGGAAACAAGGUAUCGGCGGGAAAGCGCCAUACUUAGUGCCUUUCUUUGGCAUGUUUGGCUAUGGUGGAACUAUUGCAUCGAUGCAUCUUGGAAGAACUGCCAUAGUUUCUUCUAAAACUAAGGAAUCAAGGAAAGUGUUUACCUUGCAUCUUUCGAGGGAGGCUCUGUUGGAGAAGUCUUCAUCUAAACUCAGCUGGAAGACUGCUGGAGGAGUUAGAGAUCCAUCUGAAGAAGAGUUGGCACUGUCGCCACAUCGAAGUUUUACACAGGUGGAAAUCCACGGCUUGAAUAGGCACUUGGAGCCAGCUAAACUUCGAGGAUUUCUGAAGGACAUAUAUUUUCCAUAUAUACAGUAUGACGAGGAUAAUGGAUCUGCGAGUACAAGGAGGCCAGUUCAAUUUGAGGUGAAUGGUGUAGAUUUAGCAGAAAUACAGGAAAGUGAAGUGACACUUACUAAUCUGCACUCUUCUAAUGGUCCUGAUUUCGAUCUGCAUCUAAAAUUUGCUUGUACUUCAACAAAUGCAGCUAGUCGCCAAGCACAUGCUCGGAUCAAGUGUGUAUACUUUCCAAUUGUCAAGGGAAAAGAAUCUAUCGAUUCUAUUUUAGAAAAGUUAAGCGAAAAUGCCUUGGGGGUGAAAGAAAACUUUGACAAUUUUUCACGUGUGUCAGUCCGCCGACUUGGCCGGUUACUCCCUGAUGCAAGAUGGGUGCUCGAUCAUUGUGGCAAUCAUGUUGAAGAAGGGACGGAACUUAUUGUUAAUACUGUUGGAUUCUCCUUUGUAGAUAAAUGCGGACCUGUUCGAAAGGUAAACAGCAAAGGAUUUGUUGACCUACGUGGAAUGCUUAAAGUUGUUAGCGGAUUUGGUUCAGAAGCUUGUUUGACGAUUUUUCAUCACAAGAAAAAGAUUUUCAAUAGAACAUUUCAAAUUGCUAUCAGGAAUUUGAAAGCUGUUAAGGUUCCGGAAAGUUGUCCUGCUGGGACCUUCUUGGAGAACAUAAUAUUUGAAGUUUCUGACUGUGAUGGAGUGAUUGACGAGUCAAUACAUGGACUCCAACAUACACUUAGCAUCAGGUCGAAUCAAUUAAAAGAUGUGCAAGGAGCACAAUAUGCAUUUGAACAUGGAAGAUGUGUUCUUCCUCGUGCACAGGUUCCUAAUGAACCAGGAACAGUCAGUUUUGUGGCAUAUCAUACACAUUUUGCUGACCUGGAAACAAUAAUUCAGAUUCAUGUUUAUGCUCUUGAUUUAGUGCGAGUAAACUCGGAGAACGACUUUGAACCUAUAUGCAGCUACCCAACUUCAUCUCUAUCAAGUCAAGAUCUUUUAUCUCCAAGUCAACUUGCUUCUUGUCAAUCUGUUAGAUACAUUGAGGAUGCUCUGAGGAAAGUUUCUGAUGAGAUUGAAUCAAUUGAUUCCAAUAUACGCUCUGAAGAAGAAAUGAUUAAAUUUCUUGAUUCUCAAAAGAAAUCUGUGGAGAAUCGUAUUGCCAGUCUGAAAGAUGAGAUUGGCCACAGAGUUGGCGCAAAAGAGAUAACUCGUCAUAAAAUUGAAGAGAAUGUUGGUACUGCUGCUGCUGUUCUAUGUAAUCUCUCCAACCGUAAAGCAUAUGCACCAGAGCGAUCUUUCAAGGAUGAAGUUGUUGGUAUUGUUGCUCUUCUCGGAACUGUUGCUAACAGAGAGCUCAGUAGGAUGCUUUCUGUGUAUCUUGGUGAAGACAACAUGCUUGCAGUGGUUUGCAAGACUCAGGACGCUGCUAAUUACUUUGAAAAAUAUGACACUGAAGGAAAUGUGGAUAUUCGCUUUGGUAUUCAUCAGGAAGCAGCUAAACUAGGAGUCCCAAUAAGCAGGAGAUUUCCUAUCAUAUGCCUGGAUGAAAUAAGGCCAUAUAAUGGAGACGUCUUUUGGAACAUAAGGCAAAAAAAGCUAAAUCUGCCUUUUCCACAUUCGGAGACGCCCAAGGGAUUUCGUGGGUUUGCGGUCAACUUGAUCAAUCUUUCUGCAGAGAACUUGGAGAUAAUCACAAGUAGUGGACAUGGUCUCCGUGAAACCUUAUUUUAUAGGCUCUUUGGAGAGCUUCAAGUUUAUGAAACACGGAAUGACAUGCGGCAAGCAAUGCCUCAUUUGAGGAAUGGGGCUAUAUCUUUGGAUGGUGGGAUUAUAAAGGGUGAUGGUAUGCUGCUGCUUGGUUACAGUGACCCGGAGAUCAUAUUUCCCGUCAUGCCUGAUGCUCCUGACAUUCUGGAAGACCCUGAGGAUGUGUUCACCAAAGUAAAAAAGAUGAACGCAGAGAAGAAUGUUCUGGAAACGGUGGAGAACAAGAUAAGAAGAGCUGAAGAGAAUCGGCAGAAAUUGGUCAUGAAGCGCAACAAGAAGAAACGCAAAUUCGACGAGAUGGCGGAGGUAAUGAGCCAGCCCAGUGGCAGCCAGCUUGAUCAGUAUCACCCAGUGUCAUAGUUGACGAAUGGGCUUGUAGCAAUCUAACAAUGUGGUCUACAAAGAUGAUCACACGGCAUCAUAUUAACUGCUGAACUGUUCUAGUUGUUUAUGAAUCUUGUUCCUCUAGUUUUGUAUGGGAUUAGCUGAUGGACUGAUUAACAUGCUACUAACAAUGCAACUAGGCAGUGUUUGACUAAAUCUAAUGCGUAUCAAUUUACCGCGUUCAGUUC